GCAUCACAAUCAAGAAUAGGUGGCAACCCUAUUCAGCACAUCCCACACAAAAUAAAUUGUUUACCACAAAAAACCGUGCUGAAAUUGAAAAAACCCGAGUGCAGCCCACCGCCGAGCAUUUCAAUUGACCCCAAAGGCGUUUGGCAAGAGUUUUCCGGAGUGGUGCAUACUUGAUUUUCCAAACAUUACCAGAAGCACAUCAUUCCAUUUGGGGAGCCCCUCCGAACGAACAGUCGCGAUUGCCCGGUCGUCCACGAACGCUUAUAAAAUUGGCAAGAUAACUAAGCAGAGCACAAAGAUGCCGCCAGCAUCAGCGGUGAACAAUAGUAACGCAGCCGCCCAGGCGGCGAAGGCCGAAAGGGCGGAGAAGCUGCGCGGAGCACUAAAGGGCUUCAUCGUGGCAGAUCGUCAGCGGCGCCAGGAGGAGUUCGAGGCGCAGUGCGAGGAGCAGCGGCUGCGGCGGGAGCGCGAGGAGCUGGAGCGCCAGAACCAGGUGGCCCUGGACGACACACGAGGCCAGAUCACCCGGCUGGACGAGCAGCUAGCAGACCUGCACAGCCAGAAGCACCAGCUCACCGUCCAGCUAAAGAAGGUGCUCAACGAGGAUGAAACACGGAAGAAGCUGGCCAAGGAGAACGAGCUGUACGCAAUCCAGCAGGCUGCGGCCUCCGUGGCCAGCGGCCCGGUCUUCCUGCCGCCCCUCCGCCUCCAGCACCAGCACCACCCACUGAUGCAAAAGCCUCCGACCGGCGGACAACCCGGAAAGAGGGGAAGGAGUCCCUCGCCGCCUAGUCAGCAGCAGGCUUACUACAAGAGCGCCGCAAGCUACGCCCAGCAGAAACACGAUGACUACCGUCGUGCCGCGGACUAUGCUAGAUUAUCAUGGAACAAGACCACGGCGCAGUAUCCGGGCACGGGCACGGUCUUCUACCAGACGGCCGCCGCUCCGCCGACGACGCAGCACCAGGCGGACGCCCGAAUCCAGUCCAUCUACAAUUACAACCUUCCUCUGCGCCAGGCGUACCACGUGGACCUGCCCAGCGCCACGGUCAGCAAGCCGCCGGACUCGCAGUCGCCCAAGGCGCAGCCCAUGCAGGUGCUCCACAUCAACCUCGACCAGCCUGCCAUCUCGCAGGCGGACCUGGUGGCCCAGGCCGGCGGCAGCAUCUCGGUGAAGGCCGCCCAGCCGCAGGUGACCAUGGAGAAGCUACCCGACCGCUACCACAUUCAGGUGAAGCACGAUGGCCAGCCGCCGAGCCUCGUCCCACCCCCGCCGCACCUGCUGUCGGAGGGCGUCAUCUACAAGCCGCUGCUUAGCGAGCUCUCGCUGCAUCCCAACGUGCUGCAGAUAAGCAGCAGCCAGUUUCCUCCACAGAAUCCUAAGACGGCGGGAAGCAUCACACAGGGCUACGCCCCCGGUCGAGGUGGAUCCGCCCACGAACAGCAGUUGGCCCGGCAACAAUUGGCGAUGCUUCCUGGUCAACCGGGGGCCCCGUCCGGAUCCGUUUCCGGGUCCCCCCAGCCGCCUCCUGGCCAGCAAUUGCACUACACACGCGGACUUUAUUAGCCCCUGAAAAGGGUUUAGCUAUGGAACUCACUCACUGAUAUACUUACGAUUUUAAAUGGACAUUAUACUGACUGCGCUACCCACGUGUAGUCGACACACGAAAUAAAGCACACAACUAUGGCGUCCCUAUUUUCCAAUCGAUAACUCAAAA